GUAACAAUUGCAAUAGCAUAUUGCAAUUAUACAAGUGUAACAUAAGUUUUGUAUUAAUUGUGCUGUUUGGAUAUACAUGGACUUGCCAUGACUUGGAAUUGAAUUGAUAGCACAAAAUAACAGGUGAGUCCCUGCUAUUUGCUGCUUCACCUGCGGCUGAUGGAAAUGACUUCUCAGCAUGGGCAGGUCCAUGCAGGUGGGAGGUUGGUGUAAGAAAGCGAUGCCUUCUGUCUCAGGGACUGUGCUGGGGAGCCAGUGAUGGGACCUCUUCCCAGAGCUGCACCAAGGGCCCAGUCUAAACUUGAUUCUUGUUUAUGUUGACUUGGCAUAUUGUAACAUGGCCUGGUAGAAUGGUGAUUCACGUCAGUACCCUUGGCCUUUGUCUCCUUUUGGUUCACUUGGGAGGUGGAAUAGGAAUAUAGAAAGAUCACGGACGUUGUGGUUAUGCUGAUCUGGGUUAGAAUUGUGGCUUUGACACUUUUUAUGUUGCUACAAAUGAAUCACCCACACUGAGCCUUAUUUCCUCCUCUAUAGUGUGGGGAUUCUAAGCCCCUGCACAAGGUCGUUUUGUUGUUGUCAGGGGCUUCAAGUUGGUUCCGACUCAGAGCGAACCCCACGUACAACCGAACAAAACACUGCCCGGUCCUGCUUCAUCCGCACAGUCAUUGCUUUGUUUGAGCCCAUUGUAAUAACUGUGUGAAUCUGUCUCAUUGAGGGUCUUCCUUUUUUUCACUGACCCUCUACCUUACCAAGCAUGAUGUCCUUCUGCAGGGACUGGUCUCCCCUGAUAACUUGUCCAAAGUAUGUAAGGUGAAGUUUCACCAUCCUUGUUUCUAAGCAGCAUUCUGGCGGUACUUCUUCCAAGACAGAUUUAUUUGUUCUUCUGGCAGUUCGUGAUAUAUUCAAUAUUCUUCAUCAGCACCAUAAUUCAAAGGCAUCAGUUAUUCUUCGGUCUUCCAUAUUUAUUGUCCAGCUUUCGCAUGCUUAUGAGGUGAUUAAAAAUACCAUGGCUUGGGUCAGGCGGCACCUUCUUCCCCACAUCUUUAUAACACUUUGAAGAGGUCUUUUGCAGCAGAUUUGGUCAAUGCAAUACGCUGUUUGAUUUCUCGACUGCUGCUUCCGUGGGCAUUGAUUGUGGAUCCAAGUAAAAUGAAAUCCUUGACAACUUCAAUAUUUUCUCCGUUUAUCAUGAUGUUGCUCAUUGGUCCAGUUGUGAGGAUUUUUAUUUCCUUUAUGUUGAGGUGUGAUCCAUACUGAAAGCUGUAGUCUUUGUUCUUCAUAGGUAAAUGCUUCAGAUCCCCUUCACUUUCAGCAAGCAGGUUGUGUCAUGUGCAUAACGCAGGUUGUUAAUGAGUCUUCCUCCAAUCCUGGUGCUGUAUCUUAUUCAUCUAGUUCAGCUUCUUGGAUUUUUGCUCAGCAUAAAGAUUGAAUAAGUGUGGUGAAAAGAUACAGCCCUGACAUACAGCUUUCCUGAUUUGAAACCGUGCAGUAUCCCCUUGUUCUCUUGGUCUGUGUACAGGUUCCUCAUAAGUAGAAUUAAGUGUUCUGAAAUUCCUUUUCUUCCCAACGUUAUCCAUAAUUUGUUGUGAUCCAUGCAGUCAAAUGCCUUUGUGAAGUCAAUAAAACACAGGUAAACAUCAUUCUGAUAUUCUCUGCUUUCAACCAUGAUCCAUCUGACAUCAGCAAUGAUAUCCCUGGUUCCACGUCACCUUCUAAAUCUGGCUUGAAUUCCUGGCAGUUCCCUGUCAAUGUACUUCUGAACUGUUUUUGAAUUAUCUUCAGCAAAAUUUUACUUGUUUGUGAUAUUAAUGAUAUCGUAAGAUGAUUUUCCCAUCCUGUUGGAUCACGUUUCUUUGGAAUGGGCACAAAUGUGGAUAUAUUCCAGUCAGUUGGUCAGGAGGCUCUCUUUCAAAUUUCUUGGUAUAGAUUAGUGAGCACCUCUAGCAUUGCAUCUAUUUGUUGAAACAUCUCAGUUGUUAUUCUGUCAGUUCCUAGAGCUUUGUUUGUGUGUGUGUGUGUGUGUUUGCUAAUCAGUACCAUCUUCUUCCUUCAGCACCAUCAUUUCUUGAUCAUAUGUUACCUCCUGAAAUGGUUGAAUGUUGAUCAAUUCUUUUUGGUAUAGUGUGUAUUCCUUCCAUCUUCUUUUGAUGCUUCCUGUGUCAUUCAAUAGUUUACCCACAGAAUCCUUCAAUAUUGCAACUUGAGACAUUAAUAUUUUCUUCAGUCCUUUCAGCUUGAGAAGUGCUGAGCGUGUUCUUCCCUUUUGGUUUUCUAACUCCAGGCCUUUGCACAUUUCAUUACAAUACUUGGUCUUCUCAAACUACCCUUUGAAAUCUUCUGUUCAUCUCUUUUACUUUGUCUCUCGUUAUCUAAUGCUGCUGUAACAGAAAUACCACAAGUGGAUGGCUUUAACAAACAGAAGUUUAUUCUCUUACAGUCUAGGAGGCUAGAAGUCUAAACUCCAGGGGUUUUCUCUCUGUGGGCUGUGGCAGAAGGUACCUGUCAUCAAUCUUCCUCUGGUCUAGGAGCUUCUCAGGUGCAGCGACCCUGGGUCCAAAGGACAUGCUCUGCUCCCAGCACUGCCUUCUUGGUGUAUGAGUUCCCCACGUCUCUCUGCUCGCUUCUCUUUUUUAUAGCUCAAAAGAGAUUGACUUAAGACACAAGCUAAUCUUGUAGAUUGAGUCCUGCCUCAUUAACAUAACUGCCUCUAAUCCUGCUUUGCUAACAUUAUAGAGGUAGGGUUUAUAAUACAUGGGAAAAUCACAUCAGAUGACAAAAAAUGGUGGACAUUAACACAGUGCUGGGAAUCAUGUCCUAGCCAAGUUGACACACAUUUUUUGGGGACACAAUUCAAUCCAUGACAUACUUCAUCUUUUUUCUCAUUAUGCACAGGGUUAUGGUAUGUGAAAGCAUGUAAAAUGCAUGCUCGGGUAGUGGCAGACUCUAAUGAUGAUGAUAACAAUACCUGUUAAGACUGACAUUGUUGUAAGAUGUAUAUUAUCGUCAUCCUAAGAUGUAACAUAUAUUAUUUGAUCCUUAUAACAUCUCCAUUUUAUAGAUAAGGAAACAGGCACAGGAAGGUUGAGUAUGUUGGAACGGAAGCCCAGAUUUGACAUCAGGAACUCAAAAGUUAGCUUUCACAGUAGUCCAGGUGUUGAGUUUUUUGACAAUUUUCUGAGACUUUCAAUAAUAUAAACAUAGUAUAAAAUAUAUCUACCUAUGAUCCCUGCAUAACAGUUCAUUUGUUGCUGGUGCAUUUAUGUUCCAUCGACCUACCACCUGGGAACAAAUAAACCCACUGCUGUCCAGUAGAUUCUGCCUCAUAGCGACCCUGUAGGACAGAGUAAAACUGCCUCAUAGGGUUUCCAAGGCUAUAAUCUUUACGGAAUCUAUGUCUUUCUUCCGAGGAGCAGUUGGGGGGUUCACACCACUGACCUUUUGGUAGCAGUUGAGCGCUUAAACCACUGUGCUGCCAGGACUCUUCGGAUGACAGAGAACUUGCCGUAAUGAGAAAAUUGCCCUUUGCAGAUGUCAGAGUUGGAGUUUUAAAAGUUCUCGUUCAGUGUGAAGUGUUCUCUUUCCCUCCCCAGAGACCAUCUGUGUUGCCCCCAUAGCAGGGUUGGAUUUGUUGUUCUAGAACUUUGAGAAACUUGUGGAACAGAAAAUCUCCAGGCUCUUUUGCAUUUUUGUUUAAUCCCAGCGGAUUGACUUGGAGCUCUGCUGUUGCCGUUGAGGUAAGUUUUGGUAGGGAGCCAAACGCUCAUUGACUGGGGGUGGUGUCAGCAGCUCAGUGCGUGGGGGCUGACAUCAGAGCACAGACAGUAUCCUUGUCUCUUGUGAGGCUAAGAUGAGAUAGUGUGAUCCAUUCUGAUUUUGCUCAGUUUUGGGGACUUUUGCAAGGGCAGUGAUAUCAUGGUGAAAGCUCUGGGGUUGGUUCUGUGUUACAGGUGAGCAUGUCUACUUUACUUCUAGUAGCCUGCAGUCACACUGAGGCUCAGCAGAUACACGUUCUGUUAUAUUCAUCAUUGACCUGUCCAGAAAAACUGCCCGGGCUUCACCUGGCAACGUGAUGCUCGGAUAGCUGUCACAGUCAGUUUUCUUCAUUUGGAUGUAAGUGUAUACAGUGAAAUUUGUGAUAGCUGGAACUUGACGGGACUGCCUUGUUUUCCUGGGUUUGCAAGUUUUCUGCCUUGUUUUAGUGGAAAAUAUUUGCGUUUUCUUUCUCUGACAGGUUUCCUCUUUACACAUGUUCCGGCUUUCUCAGGUUUUACUGCACAUGCUAAACUGCCUAAGAUGGGUGUGUCAGAUUUGUAUUUCAAGUCUGUAUCCAUAUCCUUUAAUCAUUAGGAAUUUUGGUUUUCUUGCUUUGCCAAUUGAAUUAGUAUCUGCGUGGCUGGGCAGAAUUGUCUGGUUAGGGUGUGUUUUUCAAACUUGGCCUCAUGUUGAACCUGAGGCUUGUGAGAUGUAACAUUCCUAUGGAACAAGCAGAUCCCCCUCCACCCCCUGUGAAUCACACUAACUGGGCUUCAAGCAUGAUUCAUGCCUGUGUAGUAUCCAACUGUGUCUUUAAUAGUACCUCUCCUAGGGAUAGUUUGCUUCUCUAAAUAGAAUAUGAAUUGGGAGGAAAUAGAGGAGUACACUCUGCUUUUUUAUAUUUUGAGUAGCACAUAUAAAGUUAUACAUUAUGGUCUUUCUUGUACCAUGAACUUAGUGUUUUUAAUGACCUGAGUUUCUAAAAACUGGACUCUGUUUUCCAUAGGUGGGGAGAAAGUCUUGAGAAAUUAGAAUGUUAAAACUAGACAGGUCUAGCCAGUGACUACUUUUCAUCACAGUUUCUACCUGACGUUGAACUAGAUAAGACCUACUUCCUGCCUGCAAGGAGUUUACAGCUUAGGUGGAGAUGUAAAAAAAACAAACAAACAAACCUGUCGCCACGCCAUGGACUCAAUUCUGACUCAUAGUGACCCUAUAGGACAGAGUAGAACUGCCCCAUGGGGUUUCCAAGGAGCGGCUGGUGGAUUUCAACUGCCGACCUUUUGGUUAGCAGCCAACCUCUUAACCACUGUGCCACCAGGGCUCCUGUGGAGGUAUAAGCAGGGUGAAAAUUAUAUAGUGACUUAAGUGGUAGCAGAGAAGAUCCUGCUAAAAAUGUUAAUGUCAGCACUUGAGAGGAUCAAAUGAUUUGAAAUAGAUCAGUCUGGCUCAGACAUUAUAACCAUGCACAUAUAUAUGUUUAAUUUUAUUGCGGUAAAUAUAUAUAUAAAAGAAAAAUUUCCCAUUUUAACCAUUCCUGAGUGUACAACUUUAUAACAUUAAUUACAUUCACCAUGUUGUACAAUCAUCGCCACUAUCUAUUUCCAAAGUUUUUCAUCACCCCCAGUAGAAACUCAGUACCGCUUAAGCCAUAACACCCCAUUUCCCCUUCCUCUCAGUCUGGUAAUCACUAAUCUACUUUGGUGUCUGUGCAUACAUAUUCUAGAUAUUUCCUGUAAGUGGGAUCAUACGGUAUUUUUCCUUUUGUGUCUGACUUCCCUCAGCGUGUUUUCAAGGCUCAUGCAUAUUGUAGCGUGUAUCAGAGCUUCAUUUCUCCUUAUGGCUGAAUAAGAUUGCAUUGUAUGGAUAUGCCAAUUGGUUUAUCCAUUCAUUGCUGUUGGACACUUGGGUUCUUUCAACCUUUUGACUGUUGUGAAUAAUGUGGAAAUGAACAUUGGUGUAUCAGUAUCUGUUUUGAGUCCCAGCUUUUAAGUCUGUUGGGUAUAUACCUAGGUGUGGAAUUAUUGGGUCACAUGGUAUUUCUUUUUAUUUUUUAAAUAUUUUAUUGUAUUUUUGAUGAAUGUAUACACAGGAAAACAGGCUCCUAUUCAACAAUUUCUAUGCAUAGUGUUCAGUGACAUUGGCUACAUUCUUCACAUUUUGUCAACAUUCUCAUUAUUUUGGUUCUAGUUGUUCCAUUCCUGUUAAUUUAGUCUUACUGCUCCCCCUCCCCCAUCUUCUCAUCCAUGCUUUAGGGUAACUGUUGUCCAUUUGGUCUCAUAUAGAUAAAUUAAAAAAAAAUGCAGUACUUAAUGGUGACAUUCUUUACUUUUUGAGCUAACCUGCUACUUAGUUAAAAGGUGACAUCAGGGGAUUGUAUUGGCCCAAGGUUUACAGAGUAUCUCAAGACAGAAAUCUUGGGGAUUCCUCCAGUUUCAGUGGGUUCAGUAAGUCUGGAUUCUUUGAGAAUUUGAAGUUCCGUUUUACAUUUUUCUCUCUUGCUAUCAGGAUCCAUCUACUGUGACCCUGACCAGAAUGUUGGGUAGUGGUAGCAGAGCACCACAUAGUUCUUCUGGGCCCAAGGUAGAGGGUCAUAUGGUAAUUGUAUACUUAACUUUUGGAGGAACCACCAAACUAUUUUCCAUAGCGGUGGCAUCAUUUUACAUUCCUACAGCAAUGCCUGAGGGUUCCAAUUCUCCACAUUCUUGCUAACACUUGUUAGUUUCCGUUUUUUCUGAUAAUAGCCAUCCUAAUAGCUUCUAACCAAAAGACUGGCAAAUUCAAAUCCACCAGGCGCUUCUUGGAAACUCUGUGGGGCAGUUCUGUUCUGUCCUAUAGGGUUGCUAUGAGUUGGCAUUGACUUGACAGCAACAGGUUUGGUUCGGUUUUUGGUAAUAGGUAUGAGGAACCCUGGUGACGUAGUAGUUAAGAGGUAGAGCUGCUAAUGAAAAGGUUGACAGUUUGAAUCUACAGGUGCUUCUUGGAAACCCUAUGGGGCAGUUCUGCUCUGUCCUAUAGGGUCCGUAUGAGUUGGAAUCGACUUGAUGGCGUUGGGUUUUGGGUUUUUAAUGGGUGUGAAGUACCCAGAUGCUAGAUUUUUAAUGAAUUUCUUAAACUUUGAGAAAGAGGUGGGUGCUGUCUGUCAUGUGCCAGAUGUAGACCUUUUUGCCUCUUACGUCACCUGGUAUAGUGUAACUGGGAUUCUGGAACAAAAAUUGUUGUUGUUGUCAUUGUUCGGUGCUGUCAAGCUGAAGAUUUUUAAGCAGGAGAAUAUUAUUGGCAUUUCCUUUAAGUUAAUUGGGUAGCAGAAAGGGAAGGGGCCAGAGGUGGUAAGACAAGUUGGAGGGUAGUGCAGCCUCCAGUGGAUGGGUUAUUUAAGGAGUGCAUUUUGGAGAAAGAACCAGAAGGCUGGUUGGUUCAGUAAGGAAGAUAAAAAGAGGAAGAAUACAAAGGUGACUCAAUGUUUCUUUCAGCGUUGGAGCCUUGAGAAUGGUGAUCACAUUGACAUAAGGGGAAAUCAUAGUGGGUGCGGCUUUUUGGGGGGAAAAUUAUUAGUUAUUUUUUAACCGAGUUUAAAUUAUUUUCUCUUCUAAGGGGAUUGAUUUAUCUGUUUUUCAAAACAAAGAGCCUACAUAAUUACAUGCCUUCCAAUUGGUUCUUUCUUUAAUGUCUAAGCUUUUCAUGAGUUUAACCAUGUAAUCUCUUAUCUAUCAAAUUAAUUGCUUUUUAUCCUGAGGUUUAAAUGAAGAAUAUUGUUUUAAAAAAUUACCUGGCCAUUUCAUUAUAAUUUUCUUUAGACUUUUAUACUUCUGUAGUCUUGUCUUGGAGUCCCUGGGUGGUACAAAUGUUUAAGUGCUCCACAGCUAGCCGGAAGGUUGGUGGUUCAAAUCCACCCACAAGUGCCUCGGAAGAAAGGCCUGGCAAUCUACUUCCAAAUGGUCACAGCACUGGAAACCUGAUGGCACACAGUUCUACUCUGAGAGACAUAGGGCUGUGGUGGGUCAGAGUCUGCUCGAUGGCAAUUGGUAGACUCGCCUUAAAAAAAAAUCCAGUAUAAAUGAAAUAGUAUUUUUAUGAAUGAAUCUUGAUUUUUUUUUCUUCUAGUAAUAUUACACUAAUUAUGUUGGGUUAUAGUAUAUUAAAGCUCCAUCUUAAUCUUCUCUCUUUAAUUUUUCUAUGGGUUACCAAUUUCUAAACAUUUAAUCAUUAUGAACUUCCACAAAUUUGUUUAUAUCUCAGUUUCCCCCCUCAUUAUCAAAGUAAAACAUGCUCAGUCUAGAAACUUUGAAAUGUAAUUAAAAGUUUAAUAAAGUGUAAAAAUCACCUGCAAACUGCCCAUAGGUUAUCCCUUUAACAUCUUGGUGUGCGUUGCCCAGUAUUUUCCAUGUCUACUUGUGUAUGUGGAGGGCAGGCGGUCCUGUCUGGGUUAGAGCUCAGGCUUAGUACGCCAGUUUGUGGAUUUGGGUGAUGAAUUCUCUCCUACCUCGCCUCUACCCCUGUAUCUAGUUACACCCCUAUUUUGCUUGAGUCCAAAUUACUGAGAGUGACAGUGGGUACCCUGAGCUUAAACGAGGAAGGAAUCUGGCAGACAGGACCUGAAGUGAAGAGGUCAGUGUUUGACGAAUUGGUGAAGUGCUGUGCUCAUCCUAAUCUCAUUUGGCUCUCUCCUCCUGAUGCCUUGGCAAGGGGGAAGUUGAACAAAACAGACUGAUUUACUAGAUCUCUGCAGGGGACGAACCAGCACUGUUGUGGGAUUCCCCUUUCCUACUCCCCAAGGAGAGGGACUUGAAAAGGGGAAGUUAUUUGCCUGUCAUUCAGAGAGAGAAGGAAACCCUGGGGUCAAUGACAGGAUGGCCUCCUCUUAUGUGUGGCCCAACCAAGCAGGGCAGCAGCCAUGGGGUGGAGCAGUGUAAAGGCAAGUAGUGAUAGAACUUGAGGCACAGCAAGGAGCAGAUGCCCCAAGGGGUGUUGCUGGAGCAGCAUCCUCUGAGGGUCUUUCGGCGGCCCAGCGCAAGUUUGCUCAUUCACUCAGAGACUUUAAAUUUGAGUUUAUCGGUGAUGCAGAGACAGAUGAUGAACGCUGUAUAGAUGCUUCCUUACGUGAAUUUUCAAAUUUUUUGAAGAAUUUAGAGGAACAGAGAGAAAUUAUGGCAUUAAGUGUGACUGAAACCCUGAUUAAACCCUUGGAAAAAUUCAGAAAAGAGCAACUCGGAGCUGUAAAGGAAGAAAAAAAGAAGUUUGACAAAGAGACAGAAAAGAACUAUAGCCUAAUUGACAAACAUUUGAACUUAUCUGCGAAAAAGAAAGAUUCACAUUUACAAGAGGCAGAUAUCCAAGUGGAGCAAAAUCGGCAACACUUUUAUGAGUUAUCUCUUGAAUACGUAUGUAAGCUUCAGGAAAUCCAAGAAAGAAAGAAGUUUGAGUUCGUGGAACCUAUGCUGUCAUUUUUUCAGGGAAUGUUCACUUUCUAUCAUCAGGGCCAUGAACUUGCCAAAGACUUCAAUCAUUACAAAAUGGAACUACAGAUUAACAUUCAGAAUACGCGGACUCGUUUUGAAGGAACCAGAUCAGAAGUGGAAGAGCUCAUGAACAAAAUCAGACAGAAUCCCAAGGACCAGAAGCGAGCAAGUCAGUUCACAGCAGAAGGCUACCUUUAUGUGCAGGAAAAAAGGCCUGCGCCGUUUGGUUCCAGUUGGGUAAAACACUACUGCAUGUAUCGGAAAACAGCCAAGCGGCUCAACAUGAUCCCAUUCGAGCACAGAUCUGGGGGCAAACUUGGGGAUGGAGAUGUCAUCUUUUUGAAAGAAUGUACCAAAAGGCAUACUGACUCCAUUGACAGAAGAUUUUGUUUUGAUAUAGAAGUUGCUGACCGGCCUGGCGUUGCUUUGACCAUGCAGGCGUUUUCGGAAGAAGAGAGGAAGCAGUGGUUGGAAGCACUGGGUGGAAAAGAAGCUCUGUUCCAGAGUUUUAAUAGAGUGAUCCCCAAACAAGAAGGAAGUGCACAGUUGGAUAAAAUGGGAUUCACAAUUCUCAGAAAAUGCAUCAAUGCCGUUGAAACACGAGGUAUAAAUGACCAAGGAUUGUACAGAGUUGUGGGGGUGAGUUCAAAGGUCCAGAGACUUCUGAGUAUGUUGAUGGAUGUAAAAACAUGCAAUGAGGUGGACCUGGAGAAUUCCGUUGACUGGGAAGUGAAGACGAUAACAAGUGCCCUAAAACAGUAUUUGAGGAGUCUUCCGGAACCUCUCAUGACCUAUGAGUUACAUGGAGAUUUCAUUGUUCCAGCCAAAAGUGGAAGCCCAGAAUCUCGUGUUAAUGCUAUCCAUUUCUUGGUACACAAACUGCCAGAGAAAAAUAAAGAAAUGUUGGAUAUUUUGGUGAAACACUUAACAAAUGUUUCAAAUCACUCCAAGCAGAACCUCAUGACUGUGGCAAAUUUAGGAGUGGUGUUCGGGCCAACUCUGAUGAGGCCACAGGAAGAAACCGUGGCUGCCAUCAUGGAUUUGAAGUUUCAGAACAUUGUCGUGGAAAUCUUAAUUGAAAACCAUGAAAAGAUUUUUAGGACCCUGCCUGAUGCCACAUUCCCUGAGCCAACCUCAUUGUCAACAUCACCCCCAAAUGCUCCGCCAAGGCAAUCGAAGAGGCCAGGACAGAGGAAUAAGAGACCCGUGGCUGUAUAUAAUCUUUGUCUUGACUUGGAAGAUGGUGACGGUCCUAACCCUCCCAAGGAGGACACCCCUACCAGCAGUCUAGACUCGCUUUCCUCCCCAUCUCCCACAACUGCCACUGUCCAUGGGCCUCUUGGACCAGACAGAAACCACCUUCUUACAGAUGGGGAGAGCUUUGGGGAAUGGGCAGCCACUGCCCCAAGUCAGACCCGAUCAACUAUGGUCCAGUGGCUUAACCCGCAGUCUCCAACCACACCGAGCUCCAACCCAGCUGCUCCACCUCCUUCACCAAAGUCAUCACCUUUCCCCUUCUCUUCUCCUGCCACCAUAGUGGACAAGCCACCUGAAAGCAUUGCCAAUCGGAAGGCUCGAGCGGUGUAUCCAUGCGAGGCUGAACACAGCUCAGAAUUAUCUUUUGAAAUAGGAGCAGUUUUUGAGGAUGUACAAACCUCAAGGGAACCUGGCUGGCUAGAGGGCACUCUGAACGGCAAGAGGGGGCUGAUUCCACAGAACUAUGUCAAGCUGCUGUAGCUCUUGGCCUCGUGGGCCUGCGCUGACCCUGGGACCCGAGGAUCUGCCUAGGGCAACAACUGCCUUCCUCCUCAUAGACGGCACCCACAUCCACCUCCUACCUGGCCACGCAGGAAUUUCAGAUCACAGAUUCGAACUCCAGGGGUGGGGCGGUGGGGCCGGAACACGUGUGGGGAGGGUGUGGAAGGUACCGAACAGAACCGUGCAGAGUGGGAGAAGACUGGAAGGAUCAAUGGAGUGGACUUUUCAUUUGCCAGGCAUCAGGACUGCUGGUUUUUAGUUACCCAGCCUGCAGGAUGAGGAGGGGGGCAUACCGCUGACCCCCUUCCCCUCUGGCCAUCACACCACCAGGCUAGAGAAGGAGCCUCCCCCUCCACUCUCUCCCACACACCUGCUGCUGAGAUUUUAAAGGGAACUGUAUUUACUGGCAGUGUUUUCUUUCCAGGGCGCGCUCUGGGCUCUGGUCACCGUGGUGUGGCCGGGGCUUUGUCUAGAGGGGCUGUUGCUGGGGGCAGGGGGUCGAGUAAUAAACCAGAGAGAAGCAGGGAUAGGGAUGCGCUUUUCUUGCCUGCUCCGGAGGGCACCCUCCUCCCUGGGCCCUGCUCACUCCACCUAGAAAGCGCACACUGGCAUAUUUAUAACAGGCUUCUCGUUGGUGCUUCCCACCUGUGUGCUGUUUUCCAAACACCACCUCUUUGCCCCAAGGUCUCUGUAAAUGAAAUAAAAUGUAAUUUACUACUUGA